GCAAAGCUACGCGCCUCUCCUCCCUUCUUUACUAGCACUCCGUUCUCCAUCAGCUACAUCCAAAACCAAAAGGCACACACACCGCGAGCUGCUACAGCCAACACCAAAGGCACAAGCGCGUGCUGGAGGUCUGUUUGCUCGCAUGGAUCUACUACAACGACGUCAGCAACUGUUAGCAAUUAAUCCUGUUCCUGCUCCAACGGACGCUGAACUCGACGAGCGCGCAACACUAAUAAAGAUCAAACCCACAUGUUGUGAUGGCUGGAUUUGUCUGGCCUGCAGACGUCUAAACGAACCCAAGGACAAUCUUCUUUGUAAGAUUCCUACUUUCAAGUGUGCUACUCGCAACUGCAAGGGCCAGUGCCCAGGGACUGCCGGAAUGAACAUUAAUGACUGUGAAGUAAAUGGAGUGAGAACCAAUUUUGCGAUAAGAGAUCAAGGCCCGAACCCGACCUGCGCAGCUCAUGCAUUAGUGGCCGGCAUGGAUGUUUCAAUUAGAAUCGAGGGAGCGCUCCGGGAGGUUACCAUAUGUCUGCCGCUGAAUAUUGUUGACCUAUUCGCAAAGUAUUAUCCACUCUUUCGGGAAGGUGUGGGGAAUGAAGCAGAAGAAGCCGACAGGAUGAGAAGAAUUCCUAACUUGUUGAGGAUUGCCCAGUUGCUGGGAGUUAAGUAUGUGUGUGCAACGAAAUGCGUCCGAACAGAAAGAGUGCUGAAGUUGAAGUCGUGGUUCCUUUUGAGCACUGCUACUACUGAAGUCGACAAGCUAGUACGUCUGAUUGCUAGCGGGUUCCCCUUACUAGUUGGCAUGAGAACUGGUCGCUGUUUCAAGAUGACAGCAAACAAAGAGUUAUACAGGGGGCCAAACAAGGAGAAAAAUCAUGCCGUUUUGCUUAUUGGAGUGGAAGUAAAUCAGAUAUUUCUCACAGAUGAAGCAACCGGCGAGAACGGGAAGGUUCACAGGGUUCUGUUUAGGGCCAGAGAUUCACAUGGGGAUGACGCUCACAAGUGUGCUGAACUGACAGGGUAUGGUGGUGAUGUGUACCUGUUGCCAGAGGAUCUGGGCUCGCAUGUCUUCGGCUUCCAUCUGGAGAUCCCAAGCUAUCUGACCGUCGCUCCCUGAGUCGUAGUGUCAUGAACUAACAAGGUCUGGAGCCAUGUGUUUGCUUGGUACUACGUGUUUGUUGCUGGAAAAAUGCUUCUAUUUGUGUUUGCUGGACGAGAUAUAUGGCGAUCCUCAAUGUCAUUACAAUGUGUACUAUUGAUGGCUCCUAAAUUAAUAUUUCAUUGUAGACUUUGUUAACAAUAUUUGCAAGCGACCUGACAAUUUAAUAUUAGAUUCAAGAUGUCCUUUUCUACAACAG